AAUACCUGAUAAGAGAUGACAUAUAUUUAUAAUAAGUGUCACCUAGGCAUCUCUGUAGCAGAAAUGGCUUCCAGCAACAAUAAUACCCACACAAAAAGUAGCAGUAAAAGAAGAAGAAAAAGACACAAUCACAGACGAUUUACACUGCAACAACAACAGCAGCAACAGCAACCAUACCAAGAGCAGCACGCAUCUUUGACGGCCAUUCCUUCUUCAAUAACAACAACACUACCAUCAACACUCACCUCCUGCCUCUCCCACAACAACAUUUCAACAUCAUUAUCGUCUUCGUCAUUACUACCAAUAUUUUCUUCAUUCAAUUCAUAUUCAUGUCGAGAAUUUACAAAAAAUACAGCAACUACAACAUCUAUGAAAUGUUGUGAUACAACGUCGUCGUCUUCGACGAAGAUGACACGACGACAUCUUUCAACCACUGCCUUGUUAAGCUGGACAACGGCAUAUCGAAUAUUGACAAUCAGCCUGCUAAUUGGCAUUCUCAGUCCGUCGUCAGUGUUGUGCGUGGAUCCCAAAUUUGAUCCAUCGACGCGUAUGCGUCUUGUUUUAGUACCAGCCGAUGCCCAGGUCGGCUCAGUCAUUUACAGAUUGCGUGCCACUGAUGAAGAGUUUGACUAUCCGUUGACCUUUGAGUUUGUGGGUGAUGCAUCAUCGUCGACGGUCAAGAUUGAAUCGCUUCCAUGCACAAAGUACAAUUCGGUGUGUCAGGCAAAUGUCGUAUUAUCACGUCGCCUGGAGCCCGGACGCUAUUACGACUUCCAAGUUUCGGUAAAAGACACAAAGGGGGGCAUGGCAACUCAAUUGUGUUCAAUAACAGCCACAAAUUUUACAACUCCACACGACCUCAUCUUUCCUCACAAACCGGGCAUCAUUAUGAUACCAGAGGAUGCUAAACGUGGCACCGAAUUGGAUUAUGUGAUUGCACGUAAAAAUCCAUUAUUCCAGAAACCAGUCUACCUCGAACUAUGGGGUUCUCCCCUUUUUGCCAUAAGACAAAAAAUAGUUUCUCCUGAAACAACAGAAGGAACUAUAUUUUUAUUGGGACCAUUGGAUUUUGAGAAACAAGCCAUGUACCAUUUGACCAUAUUGGCAAAUGAUGCCUAUGCUGAACCUGGCCAAGAUAGUCGUAAUAUAGCUGGUAUGGAGAUUGUUGUUAUUGUACAAGAUGUUCAAGAUCAGCCGCCAGUAUUUACAUCAGCACCUCCUGUAACUAAACUACCACCUGGUAUACUUCCUGGUGACAAGAUACUUCAAGUACAUGCUGAAGAUGGCGACAAGGGUAGUCCACGUGAAGUACGUUACGGUCUUGUUUCGGAGGGAAAUCCAUUUACAUCAUUUUUUGACAUCAAUGAUACAAGUGGUAUGUUAAUAAAAAACUACUCACACACCUAUGUUUCACGAGUUGAUGAAAAUGCUCCUCAAGGGACGGCUCUUACAUUUGUUGAUCCGUACGUGCCACGCGUCUAUGACGAUGAUACCGGUAAAAAUGGCGUAUUCUCGCUGACGUUACUCAACAAUAACGGAACAUUUGAGAUUUCGCCCAAUGUCGCUGAACGUAGUGCGUCAUUUUUAAUACGUGUACGUGAUAACAUACUUUUGGACUAUGAAGAACGCCAAACGGUUGAGUUUCAGAUUUUAGCUCAGGAACUGGGACCCGCAACUAAUCUCUCAGCCAUCGUUAAUGUUACUGUUUAUAUUAACGAUGUCAAUGACAAUUCUCCGGUCUUCACACAGCCAGUUUAUACGGUAGAACUACCUGAAAAUAUGACGGUCGGCACUAAGGUCGUUCAAGUUCACGCUGAUGAUGUCGAUACGGCGAUGGGUGGUCGUGUUCGUUAUACCGCAAUACUGGGUUAUCUUAAUACCUCACUGAAUUUAGAUGCCGAAACCGGGUUAAUAACAGUGUCUACAAAUAACCAUGGCUUUGACCGGGAAGUUAUGCCCGAGUAUCAUUUAUAUGUUGAGGCACGCGACAAUGAUGGUACCGGCAAUAGAGCUCAAGUGCCAUUAGUAAUUAAACUAAUUGAUGUGAAUGACGAAACGCCGAUAUUUGAAAAAGACGUUUACGAGUUUAUUUUGGCUCCAGAUUUAAAAAGUUUUACCACAACAGCCAUCAUACAUGCGGUUGAUAAGGAUGCCACUGCACCUAAUAAUGAAGUUCGUUAUGAGCUCAUCAAUGGUAACUAUGACAAUAAUUUUGCUUUAGACAAGAUAACGGGGGAAUUAACCGUCCGGGAAAAAGUUAACUUUCGUGCCAAAAAAGAGGUUUCCAUGCGAAACAAAAGGCAAACAAUGACAUCAUCGUCACCUUCGGCCGAAGAUCAAAACAUUUUUAUACUUACGGCUCGAGCAUACGAUUUAGGCGUACCAGUUCGAUCAAGUACAACCACUAUACGUAUAUAUCCUCCAGAAAGUCGUACAAGAGCUGUUACCUUUGUAGUGCCUGGUUUGAAUCCAGAUAAAGCUAAAACCGAAGAGACAUUAUCCACUAUUACUGGUGGCAAAGUUAUCAUACACGAAAUUCGUGCAUUAAAACCAGAUGAACCAGGAGCACAAAAUAUUCCACCCUCGGGUAAUCCAGAUAUCAAGGACAGAAGUGUAGUUACAGCCACCGUACUUUAUGAUAGUUCUUCAGUUGUCGAUAUAUCACAAAUCCAACAGCGCCUAUCCCAACAUAAUAGUUCCUUUGCUAUUAUGACUGGUCGGGAAGCCAGCACAAGUGAAACAGAUACACUGUAUAAAGCUGAAAAUAAACUAUUAUUUUGGUUACUAAUACUUCUUGCCACAUUGGUUGCCUUGACUAUACUGAUACUACUAUUGUGCUGUAUAUGUUCCUGGUGUCCCCUUUAUGGUGCUACUAGCAAAAGAAUAGUUAAUAUCAGUAGAACUGAAGACGAUGUUCAUCUAGUACAUAGGGAAAUGGCAAAUGGAAAACAAACAAAAUCUGUUCAGGUCGCCGAGUGGAUGGGAAGACGCGAGGCCUGGUCCGCGGACAAACCGACCGAUCCACGAACGAAGCCUACCCGUUGGGAGUUCCACAAUGGCCGCCAACAGUUUGACGAAAACCUAGGUGUAGUUCAUGUGACCGACGUAGGCGAAGCGAGAGCACAUUCUGAAGAAACUCGUCGCAUACGAUCGGCCGAGGAACAUCAUAGAAGAGUUAAAAUAAAAAAUACCCGUACAGCCAAAGACGAUACUCAUCUUAGUUUUCAUAAUUCUAGAACUAAUCUUAUUAAUGAUCGUGAUGUCUAUAUUGAAGACGUUAUCGAUGAACGCGAACUAGUUGAUGAAGAUAACGAGGAACAGGAACAAUUUCGCCGCAGUAAAGUUAAUCGCCAACAAAGAAAACGUUAUGACAGUGAAGAGAUGGCGCAAAGACAUCAAAUCGAUGAUGAUUCCAUGCGUCGCCAUGAAAUUGAUAGGGGAAGUGAUAUUGACUAUAAUACAGCUCGAAGCAGUCUUAAAAAUAAAAGAGAGUUUUUUAUUAAAGAUGGAAAUGUUGAAAUAUUGCAAUUAAUGACUCGAGACAAGAAUCGAGAUGCAGGAGCAAUUGGAGGAACCACCGGUAUGGCAGAUGACGAUAACAUUUACGUCAACGUACCAUUGAAGAGUACAAACCUUUCACACCCGCAGUUGUUAAUGGUUGAUAAUAGUGGAAAAGAAAUUCUUAUGCGCCGUUUUAUAGAAGAACAACCUGAUGGCAAACAAAUUAUACGUGAACAUUAUCAAAUUGUUCCAGGAGCCACCUACAUCCAAUCGAUGCCAAAUGAAAUACAACAAAACUCGACUUUAAAAGGUGAUACAUUUCCUUUGGGAAAAUCUGGUCCAAAUAGUAUUGUCUACUCACAGACAGAGCCGGAAGUAAAAGUAAUUCAUACACAACCAGCGCAGGGUGCAAUUAGCACUUUGCAAGUGGAUGGUUUUCCCAACCAGAUGCAGCCUGCGACGUCGAAUCAAUCUUUAACCCAAGAACUAGAAAAUUCUCUUAAGCAACAAAACGAAUUGUUGCGACAAAUUCUAAUGGAAAAAGAAAAAAUUGAAACUCGUUAUGUUCAGCACGAAGUAGCACUUGAAACUCAAAGCCUACCCGGCCAGUCAAUGGAAAUAGCCACUCAAACCGAGUGUGAAGCUGGUACACAAACAGAGAUGGAUGAAGGCUGUUCAUAUCGAACGUCUGUAAUUACACAAGGACGAACAGUAAGGCGAAGAGCACGAAGUGAAAAUGAUGAUUCUGGUUCUGAAGAAGAAGACUACGAGUACAUUCGUCUUAGUUCUCCUAAUAGCCCUGAAGGAGUUGUUUACUGCAUAAAACGCCGUAAGCCCCGAAGACGAGGAAAGUAUCGCAAUGGAAGUCAUCCGCGCAAACGAAUUGUUAUGGUGGAAGAAGUUAAACGAAAAAUUCGAACACCCAUCAAGGAAGAAGAUGACGAAGAGUACUAUAAAGCAAGAAAACGUCCAACUCCGAAAAAGCCACCACGAAAUAAUGGCGAAACAAAAGCUAGCAUUUUGAGACGUCUUAAAACUGAAGAGAAGCAACAAAAAGCAAAUUCAUCCCAUCACAAAGAACCCUUAAACCGUGACAUACUAAUGGAAAUAUCUGACUCCUUAGAUGAAACAUACGAUGCAAAAGAUAACCAAAAUCGAAGAAAAAUACGCGUUGAACAACUGGAAUACUACGAUGAACAUUCAGACGAUGAGGAAUAUCAGCAGCAACUCGAUGUUGACGCUGACUACUCCAACGACUCUGAUGCUGGCGAAAUAGUCAUAAAAAGCAACGCCAUCACACCAAGUAACCAACAUCGGAACAGAAGUGAUUCUAGAAGAAAUUCAACGCAACAGCACCGUUUCGAAAUUCACGUCAGCGAUGGUGGGGGGAGUGGAACCAAUAUUGUUAAAACUAACAAUGGGUCAAAUUCGCGAUCUUCUUCGGAACAUCGAGGUGAAGCAUUGCCAGAAGCGAAACCUCGUUUAUCGCGUAGCGAUAGCUCCCGUGCCAGCAACGCUUCCCAACGCAACGUAAAAAGGAAACAAACAGUCUCAGAACCUCCAAAAAGUCGAGUAUCCAUAACGAAAUACCAAUCAAAUGAUGAAAGUGGCACACAAAUCACUACUACGGAAAUACACGAAAGUCGAGUUUCACAAAGCGAAACGGAUUUGUUGGAACGCGAUGAAGGUUCCUACGGCAGAGCAAGAGCGGGCAGUAUUCCAAAAUACAUGGAAUGGUACUAUGAUAAGAAAAAACCUUCAGUUAGUGGUCGAACCUCUACUGAAUCAUCAACUAAGGGAAGUCAGGCAGCUCGCAAGAAGGCCCUUAACUCCAAUGUUGCAGAAAAGAAAGUCUCAAAGACUCGACUGCAUAUUAAACAUGUAGAUGCAGCAACUGCAAACCAAGAUGAAACAAAAUUUAAACCUGAACCAGCGCCACGAAAAUCUCCACCUAAAGGAAAUCGCUUACUUAAAGAAGACAUUGUUAAGAACAAACAGCUCAAACCUCGUAUUGAAACAGAGACCAAUCACCCUUUAGUACAACAUUCAGAGCAUCGUUUUGAACGUGAAAAUAUUCCCGAUGUUCCUGUACCACCAUCAAAACUGCCACACUAUAUCUAUCCCGAAACACCACCAACUUUCUCAGGCAACAAAGAUGUGAAUGCAAAAGUCCCAAAACCGAAACCAUCCCCUAUCAAAGAAAAUGAAGUGAAAGUUUCAAAAUCCUCCUCAUCUAAAAUUAACCUCUACAUUGAGGAUCCCAAUGGCAACCAUCCUACCACCUCACACAAUUCCUCCUCCACUUCUGUACAAAAACAACUUAAUGCUGCUACACUCGAGGACGACCACGAUUCAGGUAUUGCCAUGAAUUCUCUGCUCAACAGCAUGGGCCGUCGAAAUCCGAUUGCCGAAAAGAAAAGCGUUUUCUCCAUUGCUUAUGACGAUGUCAGCCGAGUGCAAAAAAUUACAUCAGGCGGCGAAUCUCCACCACAGUAUUAGAGUGAUAGGUGUUAUCUCUUCUAGCGGAUUAUACGUUAUAAAUGAACAUCAUUGUGAUAUACAUACACAUGUACUUAUACAUACACAUUCAUAAAUAACUAGAAAUUGUUUCUUUUGUUGGCAUUUACUAAGUACAUUCAAUAUACAUUACUAUACUUACAUAAAUACUUAUACAAAUACUUACAUACUUAACUAAAUUAUUUAGAUAUUUAUAAGCAAUUGUAUGUACAUAAACAUAUUUAAGGUAUUUUAUUAACAUGUUCAUGCAACUAGUUUCAAAGCACCGUUUUUGUAAAUAGAUGUAAAUUAUUUAGAAUUAUUAAAUGCUCUUAUAUAAAUACAUAUAUAAUCGAUAUAAGUAAAUAUAUUAUAACAUAAGUACAUACACACAUUCAUACUAUACUUGUAUGUACAUAGUAUGUCCAUUAUCUUUAUAUAUAAACAUAUUAUUUUAUACAUACAUACAUAAAAAAAACAAAAUAAACAUAAACUAUAAUACUCAAAUCCUACAUCUUCUUUAUAACUCAAAAAUAUAGCCAAUAAUCGAUUAAUUAAAGUCAUAAAUUUGGUUGAAUGUUAACAAAAAAUAUUAAAUAAACGAAUUUUGAGAAUAGUAAUAAA